UAGAGGGAAGCUGGACGACAGCUUCUAAAAGAGAGCAGACAACAACUCAUAGUGGUGGACUAACUGUGCAAACCUAAAGUGAACAACUCAGAAAAUGUGUAAAGGAUUAGCUGCCCUGCCCCAGACAUGUCUGGAAAGGGCUAAGGAGAUCAAGACUAAAUUGGGAACUCUGCUUCAGAAGCCAGAGAAUUCCAUCGACCUUAUUAUCCCCUACCAAGAAAAGCCUGAGAAGAAACCAGACAAGCUUCAGAAACCCACGCCUGAAGAAGCAUCCCAGUGGCGUGAAUCCCUUGAUAAGGUCCUUUCCAACAGCUAUGGCCUGGCCAGCUUCAAGUGCUUCCUCAGAUCUGAGUUUAGCGAGGAGAAUAUUGAAUUCUGGGAGGCGUGUGAGGACUUCAAGAAGACCAAGUCCCCUCUGAAAAUGGCCAUCAAAGCUAAGAAGAUUUAUGAGGAUUUCAUUCAGACCGGUGGGCCCAAAGAGGUGAACAUCGACCACUGCACCAAAGAUGUGACUCUGAGGAACCUGGUUGAUCUUUCUCCCUCCACCUUCGAGCUGGCUCAGAGCCGGAUCUACACCCUGAUGGAGAAAGACUCCUUCGGUCGGUUCAUGCGGUCUGAGCAGUUCCAGGAACUCCUCAAGUAAACUGACUUGUCCAGCUGCAGGGAGACUCGUUACUUUGGUCACAAAUUUAUGUCACAGAAUACAAUUUUACUCAAAGUCUAUACUAUACACUUUUUGACACAUUUCUAAAGAUCAUUAAUUGAUACCACAGUUGGUGCGGUUGCAGUGUCUCCCUGCAGCUGCUGAACUGGCCCACUGCUAACAAGAACAUCUUAACAUAAAUUGUUAAAACUAACGUGAUUCCUGCCCAGUGCUCUGAAUGUCAAAGUCAAGAACUUCAAUAAAAGAAGUUGAUUAGGGUUUAAGAAACAGUAUUGCUCCUUAUAAAAGUGUGAUUUGUACAAGUGCAAAAUGCCAAGGAUUUGAAGCGUCCUCUUAAAAUCUUGUAUAUAUGUCCUAUUAAUUGGAGUCAAACUCUUUUCUGACCCCUGUAGACUAAAUAAAGACUAAAACUGAUCCCCACUUGUAAUUUAUGGCUUUUCGGGUGAAGUGCAGAGGUGGUUCAUGUACUUUUGAUGAGGACGUUCUGACCUGAGCACCUAAGCAGCAUGUUCAUCCAGGGGAAGAGGCUGGGGAAUGGGAAUGGGAGAGUGUGGGCUUUUUCUUGGAAAUGUCUGUGUUAACAUUAAAAUGCCCAAAUGGUAAACCAAUGGAAAUCAUGGGGAAACAACUCACUUAGUAUUGAAAGCUUCACUAUAAUUCAAAGCUUUUAAAAAAAAAAAGUGUGACAUGUUAAGAUGCACUCCAGUCUCUGGGAACUUGUUGUUUGGGUUACCGCUAUUGAAAGUUGCUAAGAUGGGAAUAUCAAGUAGGAGGGAAUCUCUAUAAAGCACUGGGCACAUUAUUUUUUAUUCUAAAGGCAAUGUUUAUUCCCAUGCCACUUUAAAAGCAGAACACAUUUAGAUUAAGUCAUGGAAACCCCAAACAUCCGAGUGUUUUUUCCAACUUUCUACAGCAACCAUUUAUAACAAUACCAUAAAUAUAUACACACUGUGAGACCUAUAAACUAUUAUACUCUAAACAAGAAUGAUUGCUGCCAAAUGUUAUUGAAGUUAAAAUCUAUUAUUUGCUCUUAGCAUGUGCAGCCAGUCGUGAGUUGUAAAUCAAGUUAUUGCAGACAGAAAGGCACAUCAAAUAUAUGUAACCCAUAUGUGUGAUAUUCAGUUUUUCUUUUUUUUUUUUUGCAUGUUUUUAUUUACAGUUUUUUUCAGCUGCUUACAUUUUCAAAACUUUGCCUCUUUUUUUUCAAAACUUUACACACAAAUCCAAGAAUUGCACACACAAAACGCAAAAUGCCUCACAUCUCUUGCAAAAUGUAGGACUGCGUUCAAAAUAUCACAAACACAUCUCAAAAGUAAACAUUUGCAAACACCUUUGCCAUAAUAAUAAUUCCUGUUAGAUUUUUGUGUGUUACAUAGAGAAUUGUGUUUUGUGUUUUGCAAAAAGUGUUUUAUGAAAUUGAAAACUGAGUCUAAGGCCAAGAAUUAGUGUAUGGUUUUGCAGAUUUGGUGGUUCUGGUGUUUGAGUUUCAGGUUUCAGAAAUUGUGUGACAAGUAAAGAUUUUGUGUAAGUAGUUGAAAAAAACUGUAAAGUCUGUUUCACAGAUACAUAUACUCUUGCAUGUUUCUUUAUUAAACUGUGUGUAGCUAUGUCACUAAAUCUAAUAGCAUUCAUUCAUAAAUGAGCAGUGGUAGGUGCUUCCAGAAGUCCUUACUGAUGUUCCAAAAGCAAAUUAUUAGUUCACUGCAGGACAGGUUUUGUUUAAUAUGGCUAUCAAUAACUAGGCAUCACCAACGUAAAGUAAAUUAAAGAGAAAUUGAAUGAUUCAAUUGAAUUAGUUACAAUUUAGUUACAUUUUUUAAAAUAAUCUUUUAAAAUUAUUACAUUGGCUUAAAAAAAUACCAAAAUUUUGUUGAAAUUAUCAGUAAGGACUGACAGAGUACCUUGCUUAUACAAGAAAUCUGCAUAAAACUAUAUGCAUGUAUGUUUGUAGUUGAUCAUAUAAAAUCCAUAAUCAAAUUAAAGUUCUGAAGAUGUAUUUAUUUUUUCAGAUGUACUGUACAUAUCAGCCAUUUACAAAUGAUUUUAAUUUAUUAUCUUUAAGAUUGCUUGUCUGUUUGUUUGAUCUUCAAGGUAAAAAGUACUAAGAUAAGAGUGUGUCCUUUCUGUUAUUUAUAUAAAAAAAUAUGACUCCUGAAUUUGUUGUUUUCUUUACCA